AUGGAUGAGAGCGAGACUAGCGGCGCUGCCAAGCGCCAGGUCUUUGUCAGGUGCAACGGGCGCGCGCUGCGCACAACCGUCGCCGCGCUGACAUCCUUUUUCGAAUCGUGUGGCAAGCCGACUGCGAUACUGAACAAGUGGGGUGAGGAGCCCGUGGGAGGUGCCAUCUAUGAGGUGGCUCUGGUGACGUUCAAGAAGAACAAGGCGUGCGAGAAGGCGAUCGCGCUCUCGGGCGGUGACUUGGACGGGCGCCCGCUUGUCAUCGGCCUUAACACGAAGCCACCCGCCCGGCGCGGGGUGGCGUGUGGGUCGUGCCGCGUCUUCGUGGGCAAUCUCGCCUUCGAGGCCGACGACGCGGCGGUACGCGCGCACUUUGCAAGCUGCGGAAGCGUACAGUUCGUCCGCUUUGCUACGAAGACGGGCGCCGAUGGCGAGCGGCAGGCUGGGUAUGCGUUUGUGAUCUUCUCGGACCCCGAUGGGCGGGCCGCCGCCGUGGACGCAGCGCUGGCGCUUGACGGCACGACGCUCUGUGACCGCGCCAUAUCGGUCGCACCGGCCGUGCAACAGCCAAAGCGCAACGCAACGAAGGGUCAGGGCCGUCGCAAAUCAAGCGGGCAGCCAGGAGGCGAUGGCGGGGGCGAGACGAAACGUCUCCGGCCGGCGGCUUGGCGGCAUGAUCCGAAAACGGGACUGACAGCGCCACGACCCAAAAAGGGCGCGUGGCAGCGUGACAGGUAA